AUGUAAAAAUUGUUGUUCACAGAAGAAGGAUUACAGAUAAUGAGAAGUAGGAAUAGCGAUCCAAUAAAACAGAACACUGAUAGUAAAGGGAUAUCAAUAAGACCAAAAUGUUUGCGAAUUCAAUCAUUAUCAAGAUAAUGUAACCGUGUUAGAGUGGGGACAUUGAAGAAUACUUUUAACUUGUCGAGUCCUGAAAAUCUUAUUUAAGUUUUGCCCUUUACAAGAUAGAAACAUAAGGCAACUAGUAUACCUUAAGUGCUUUCAGUUGAUUAAUUAUACGGGAGAUAAUAGGAGGAUUUGUUGUAAAUGGCAGCAAGUCAAUUGCAUUUACCUCAUGGAAGUGGGAAGGAUGGAAUGGGAAGACAUCACUUAUAAUCAAUUAGGUUAAGAACUGGUGAUUGGUAUUAAUGGAAGAAUAUUCCAAUGUUAGCAUGUGUAGUGGAUGAUUUUUAGAAGAAGUUAAAGUAUAGAAAUUUGAUUAUAGAGAUUGUAGUAAACAUCUGAGGAGGAGGAACAUAUGAAAGUGGAGAAACGAUAAAUAUAACAUGAGUUUGAAAUGAAGAAGGUUGAUUAGAUAUAAAGAAAAACAAAGUAAAAUUUGAAUCAGGUUUUGGAAUAGAAAUCAUUAACAUAUAAUAUUGAUUUGGAUGAGUUUUGGAAGUAGAUGAAGGAAAAUGUAAUGAAAUAUAUAUAUAUAAAUAAGAGUAAAUACUUUUAACAUCAUACAGAUGAGAUGGCAAAGAGUAGGGCAAGUAAAAGAGAGAGAUUGGAGAAAUUUUAAAAGAAAUUUACAGAUAAAAAGUGUUAUAUCCCAUAAAUAUAGAAGUAGAAUGUUAAUAAUAAGGAAACAGCAUAUUAUGAUAUAUGAAAAUAAUUAAUUAUGGAAAAAUUAAUACCAUUCAUUAAUGAUCUGCACGUAUAGAAUUAAUAAUACCUUUCCUCUAGGAUAUACUGAGUUAAGCAGGAUUGAGCAGUGAAUUGAAUUUACCAUCAAUAGUUGUUAUUGGGUCUUAAUCAGUUGGAAAAUCAUCUCUUCUUGAAAGUAUUGUAGGUAGAGAGUUUUUGCCAAGAGGGAAAGGAAUUGUUACAAGAAGACCUAUAGAGAUUUAAUUACAUUAGGUUUUGGAUGCAGAAUAGGGAUGGUUUGAAUUUAUGGAUAAGAAAGGAGAGAAAAUAUUUGAAUCAGAAGAUAUUAGGAAAUUAAUAGAGUCAGAGACUGAUAAAGUGGCAGGAAAAAAUAAAGGAAUUUCACCUGUUCCAAUUAAAGUGAAAUAUUUUUCAAAAGAUAUUCUUGAUCUUUAAUUAAUUGAUUUACCUGGUAUAACAAAGAAUCCUGUUGGUGAUCAACCAUAGGAUAUAGAAUAGAAAGUAUUAGAUAUUGUAAUGCCAUUUAUAAAAAAUUAAAAUAGUUUGAUAUUGGCAGUGUCUAAAGCAUCUGAUGAUUUAGCAACAUCAGAUGGAUUGAAAUUAGCAAGAAGUGUUGAUCCUAAUGGUAUACGUACUAUUGGAGUGAUUACUUAAUUGGAUUUGAUGGAUGAAGGAUCAGAUGCUUUAAAUGAUUUGCUUAAUUAAACAUAUCCAUUAUAAUUAGGAUAUGUUGGAGUUAUAAUGAGAGGAUAGAAGGACAUACAGAAGAAUAAGACAAUAAUUGAAUAACUUAAAGAUGAGAAGACAUUUUUUGAAAAUCAUAAGUUAUAUAAAAAGUAUUCUGAGAAAAUGGGUGUUAACUUUUUAGUAAAAACUUUGAAUAUGAAUUUUAUUUAACAUAUAAAGAAAGCAUUGCCAAUAAUUAGAGAAACUAUAAUAAGUUUGGUUUAAAUAAAAGAAUUUGAUUUGAAAUAGUAUGGAGAUUAUGAUAAUUUAGAAACUAAAGAGAAUAAGAAUUUACUUGUUUUAACUUUAAUAUCAAAAUUCUCUAGUUCCUAUAAGGAUAUGUUAGAAGGAAGAUGUUUAGAUAUUACAAGUAAGGAAUUAAUUGGUGGAUCAAGAAUUAUUUAUGUUUUCAAUGAAACUUUUAGAAGAACUAUUUAGAGAAUGAAUCCAUUUGAUGUAUUAAGUGAUGAUGAAAUAAGAACUGCAAUAAAGAAUGCUAAUGGAAUUAGACCAACAUUAUUUGUACCUGAAGGAGCAUUUGAAUUAUUAGUAAGAUAAUAGAUUUCUAGAUUGAGAAUGCCUUCAAUUGAAUGUUCUCAUAUAGUAUUUGAAGAAUUAAGGAGAGUAGUAAAUUAGAUUUCUAUUCCAGAAAUAGAUAGAUUUGAUACACUUGCUAAUAGAAUUUCAGAAGUAAUUGAAAAUCUAUUAAACAAAUGUUUAAGAUAAACUGAAGAAAUUAUAUCAAAUUUAAUUGAUAUUGAAUUAGGAUACAUAAAUACAAGUCAUCCAGAUUUUGUUUCAGGUAUGGAUAUGGUUCAUAAAGAUGAACAAAGAUAAUAAACAUAAGUGUAAUAAUAGAAAGAGAAAUCUCCUGUUUAGAGUGAAAAUGAAUCAAAUAGAUUCUUCAAUUUUUGGCCAUUCAAAAAUAAUAAAUAGACAGAAUUAUAUGAUAGUAAAUUGGAUAAUUUAAAUAAAAAGAGAAAAUCAAAUAUUAAUAAUUAAAAAUAAUAAAAAUUAUAAUAAAUAGAGGAAAGUUAGAUAUUGUAAUAAUAAUCAGUGAUUAAUAAGAUUGUAUCUGUAAAUUAAUAGUAUUUUGUGAAUGAUCCAAAAAGACAAUUACCUUAAGUUCCAAAUACAAUUAAAAUAACUGAAAGACCAUCUAAAAGAGAAUAAACAGAGAUGGAUAUGAUAAAGGAUUUAUUGGUUUCAUAUUUUAAUUUGGUUAAGAAGAAUAUUUGUGAUUCAGUUCCAAAAACUAUAAUUACAUUUUUAGUGAAUUAAUCUAGAAAUUUUUGUGAAAGAGAAUUGAUUGGAAUGUUAUAUAAAUAAGAAUUAGUAGAUGAAUUAUUAUAAGAGAAUCAAUUUAUACAAAAAUCAAGAGCAGAAACAAAAUAAUCUUUGAUUAGUUUAAGAACAUGUUUGAAUUUGUUGAAUGAUUUGGAUUCUAAAUUCUGA